AUGCGCCGCUUCUGCUCCGGCUCUGCCCGCGUCGGCAUCCUGCAGGCGGCGGCUGCGCUCUCUGCCGCCUCGGCCCGCGGCGAGCCCGUCUUCAUCACCGAGCAUGUGCUGGGCCAGCUGCUGGGAUCGGAGGGCAGCGGCAUGGCUCUCGCGGACGCGCUCCACCUCGCCGCCGCCGCCGGCGCGGAGAGCGCAGUCGAGCUGCUGCUCGCGCGCGGGGCGCCGGUGCGGGCGACGGCGGCGAACGGGUCGACGGCGCUCCACUGGGCCGCCCUCUCGGGCCACGCGGGCGUCGUCAAGGCGCUGCUGCACGCGGGCGCGCCCACCGACGCGCGCACCUCGACGUGGUGCGCGACGGUGCGCGGCGAAGACACGGGGCAGACGGCGGCUCACUGGGCCGCGUCGGCGGGGCACGGCGAGAGCCUCGCCGCGCUGCUCGAGGCGGGGCCCCACGCGCUGAUGAUGCGCGACGAGCGCCAGCUGACGCCGUCGGGCCUCGCGGCGAAGGAGGGGUACACGGGCCUGGUGCGCCGGCUCGACGAGCUCGAGGGGGAGCAAAUGAAACGCAAGAAACAGUCUCAUGUGACGCGGAUGUCUGCGGCUGCGGUGCGCGGAUGA